AUCGAUUCCCCAAUAAUGUCAACGACCGCCUCCUCCUCGCCGUCGUCCCCAGCCCAAGAGCUUCCUCCCCCGCCCGAUCUCCAUCCUCCGUCGCCGUCGCCCCCCGCUCCUCCAUGGAAACCCCUCCUUCCGCCGAGGCGCGUCGUCGUCUGCGGCGGCGGCGUCAUCGGCGUCUGCACCGCCUACUUCCUCUCCAAGUCCGCCGGCGCCGGCGCCUCCGUCUCCAUCGUCGAGCAGUCCUCCGUCGCCUGCGCCGCCUCCGGGAAGGCCGGCGGCUUCCUCGCCCUCGACUGGUGCGACGGCGGGCCCCUCGGCCCCCUCGCCCGCGCCAGCUUCGACCUCCACCGCGCCCUCGCCGCGGAGCUUGACGGGCCCCGGGCCUACGGCUACCGCGCCCUCACCACCCUCAGCCUCACCGUGAAGGAAUCGGAGUCGGGCUCCGGGUCGGGCCAGCGGCCCAAGCGUGGGGCCCCGCACGACGCCGUCCUGCCCGACUGGGUCGACGGGCCGGGCCGGGCCGCUAGGGCGAUCGGGUCGACGGACACCACGGCCCAGGUCCAUCCCCGGCUCUUCACUUGGGCCCUGCUGGACAAGGCCGUGAGGGAUUACGGGCUCGAGGUGGUGAUCGGGAAGGUGGUCUGGGUCGACGCAGGCGGCGGCGGCGGCGGCGGGAGGGUGUCGGCGGUGGUGCUGGAGGGAGGGAGGGUCAUGGAGGCGGACGCAGUGGUGCUGACGCUUGGGCCGUGGUCCAGCAAGUUCGGGCUCCUGUCAUCGCUGUUCAGGGUGUAUGGGCUCAAGGCCCACAGCAUCGUCUUGGAGCCGAGAGAGCCCAGCGCAAUAGGCCCGGAAGCUCUGUUCCUGAGCUUCCUGCCCGCCACCGGCGGCCCGGCCAUGGACCCGGAAGUCUACCCUCGCCCUACUGGGGAAGUCUAUUUGUGUGGGAUGUCGUCCCGGGAGGAGGUGCCAGAUGACCCUGAAGAGGUCGUGCCCAACCCGGAAUCCAUAAAGGUGCUCAAGCGGGUGGCUCGGGCCGUCUCGAGUCACCUAGCGGAGGGCAAGGCGGGCGUGAAGGCCGAGCAAGCCUGCUUCUUGCCAUGCACCGAGGAUGAGGUCCCUGUGAUCGGGGAGCUACCGGGCUUGGAAGGUUGCUAUGUGGCGACAGGCCACAGUUGCUGGGGCAUCCUCAACGGGCCCGCUACUGGGGCUGCGGUGGCGGAGCUUGUGCUCGAAGGGCGGGCUCAGACCGUGGACCUGACUCGGUUCAGCCCUGCACGAUUUGUACUCUCUAGGAAGAGAUGAAAUGUGGCAUUCAGAAAUAUAAAUUGUGUUUGUUUUCUAUCAAGUCGAGGAUUUUCUCCUUUUUUUUUAACGUGAUUUUCUAAAUGAAGGUUUUAAUACAAGCAUGUGGUCACGUGUCUGUGGUUGUGGCAAUGCCCUUUUACUCGCAGUAAAGCUGCCCGAGUUGCUGGCUCAUGUGAACAUUGAAGAGGACACCUUGACGCGGUUGCAGCAGAAACUGCUCGACUUUCUCUAAUUCCUCCAGAAGAACCAAAGUACCUUCUUCCUUUCUGCAUAUGAAGCGUCCAAAGCUUCGGAAGGAAAAGGGAAGAGGGAAGAUGAGGGAGCCUAGCCUAGCCGGAGCGUCCACUGCUCCGUUUCCGGCAAUUUCCAAUUCAUUAGGGGACGCUGUCGGCUAACGAUUCUGAUGUCGUGGAAUUCUCUGCCCAUUAAAAGCCGGAAGAAUUCCUUUUGCUGUGUUGUUGUAACAUUAGCAUUGACUAGUUCAUUCUUUCUUUAUGAUCCGUUUCCCCUCGUAGUGAAGGGGGUGAUAGUUGGUAAAUUACCUUUAUACGGUUCGAUUCGGCGCGGUUCUUACGCUGACGAUUGUUUCUCAGACAAGACCAACUGUCGGGUAUUUCGAUUCAUCCAGACUCACUAUUGUACUCGACAAGAACCUCAAGACCUAGAGGGUCGAUAGCAAACACAUUUUAUCUCAAUAAGUCCUACUUUCUGAA